CACAACAAUACGUCGUCAAAAAUUGGAUUCGACGUAUGCGUGUGUUGAUCAAACAAUAGAUGAUUAAUGCUCAAAAUCUGAGAUUUUGUGUUCAAAUUCACCGUAUUUAUUUAUCUGUCUAAUUUAUCAAAGUAAAGAUCGGAUUUGGUCAAGACGACUCGAAUCCCUCUGCUUGAGACUGCUGCAGCGACGGACACAUGCAUAUGCCGUCGCACGUGUCAAAUAGAAGUCGUAUGUGAGCGCCGCCGCCGCUCUGCAUGUCCGCCACGCGCCGUCUCUCUCUCCUCGCCACCGCUGCGCCAUUUUCUAUAUAUCUAACUCUCUCUCUCUCUCACUCAGAAUUGAUCAGUGUGUGAGAUAUGGCGAGGUCUUACGCUGUGGCUGCAGGUGGGAUGGACAGAAACGCUGCAUUGUCGGCGGAGGCGCCGCUUGCUCCGGUGACUAUGGAGCGGCCGGUGCGGACUGAUUUGGAAACUUCCAUCCCUAAACCAUAUGUGGCUAGGGCAUUGGUGGCCCCCGAUAUGGACCACCCGAACGGGACGCCGGGCCUUGCGCAUAACGACUUGAGCGUGCUGCAGCAGCAUUGUGCCUUCUUUGAUCAAGAUGAUAAUGGGAUCAUCUAUCCAUGGGAAACUUAUUCUGGGUUUCGCCAACUCGGGUUCAACAUGAUCGCCUCCUUCGUAAUGGCGAUUAUCAUCAAUGUUUCGAUGAGUUAUGCAACGCUUCCGGGAUGGCUUCCUUCUCCUUUCUUUCCGAUAUACCUUUACAACAUACACAAGGCGAAGCACGGAAGCAGUUCAAGAACCUACGAUAGAGAAGGAAGGUACUGCCCACCGGAAUUCGAGAGUAUAUUCAGCAAGCACGCGGCCGAGUUCCCGGAUAAACUUACGUACGGCGAGCUAUGGAGCAUGACCGAAGCAAAUCGAGAAGCAUUCGACAUUUUUGGAUGGGUUGCUAGCAAGUUGGAGUGGACUAUUCUGUACAUUCUAGCAAGGGACGAGGAAGGCUACCUUUCGAAAGAGGCGAUACGACGUUGUUUCGACGGGAGCUUGUUCGACUACUGCGCCAAGAUGCAGAUGGGUGCCGAGGGGAAGAUGAAGUGAUUAGAUAUUUAGAUAUAAGUACUUAACUAAGUAAUUAAAGAUGUGGUUAAUCCGACUUCGUGAAUGAGCAAUAAAAUCUGGCUGAACAUAUAACAUAUUAGCUAACUUUAUGUUAGUUCUGGGUU